AUGAAAACCCUCUUCACGGUCAACUUAAACACCAUGACGGUCAACGAUAGGGCUCGAAACAGGCAUUUUCCUGUACCUAAUGAGAUUGACUCUUCCCUAAGGGACCUUGAAGAGUACGUGAGGAGAAUUGUCCGGGAGAAAAAGGAAGCAGAAAUGGAGGAAGCACGUUGCCAACAGGCAAGUCUUUCAUCAAGCAAGGCAAUUCUGUACUUCAUGUUUGGAGUCUCCAGGUUCCCUGCCUCAGCUGGGAAAAUGACCCAUAUGUUCACGCUUCUUCUGCUCAGGAGAGCUCGAUUGCCUGCAUGGCAAACAGUCAAAAUGGCAGAAGAGAUGGUCGUCAGUGCUCCAACCCUGGUUGCUGGUCCAUUCGGCACCGCAACACCAAAGAUAGCUUUUCCUGCCCAUGUGGUCGGUACUGGACUUGCAGCAGUUGCGAGUCGCAGUCUUCGACCAUUCGUAGGAUUCUUACGUGCCCUCGGUGCCUUCAGUGUUUCUGCACAUGGUGCUCAUACAUCAAUGCUUGCGAGCUAUGCCGACGUGUGGGACUCUGUAAUGACUGCAUGGAAGAAGCGAGCGAAGAAACUGAGCAUAGGACCGGGCGGAAACCUUUUCCAGUGCCAGAACUGCCAAGGUCAUUUAUGCAACACAUGCGACGAUGGUGGGAAAUCUCGUUGUACAUGUAAUCAAAUCCUUUGCAAACUUUGUGAAGAAGAGUGCCAACGUUGUGCUCAUUUCCGCCGGCUCUGCGAUAAUGACUUCGGUUUUUUUGAAUUUGGCUCUGGCGAUGAAAUGACUUACCACAAUUUCUAG